GGCGGGGGCGCUGGCUACGUGGUGGGCUGGGCCUGGUCUGGAACGCCGGUGGCAGGUUAGCCUCCGAGACACUGGAGCGACCCGUUUGGCAUCUCCCUGCCUCCCUCGCUCCUCACCCCCUCCCCCCAGGUCGGGGGAGGCGGCGAGUCCGGCUGAGGGUUGUGGGGCGCGGGGCAGGUCUGGAGAGCCAUGAGCAGCCCGGAUGCGGGGUACGCCAGUGACGACCAGAGCCAGACCCGGAGCGCGCUGCCCGCGGUGAUGGCCGGGCUGGGCCCCUGCCCCUGGGCCGAGUCUCUGAGUCCCCUCGGGGACGUAAAGGUGAAGGGCGAGGCGGCGGCGAGCAGCGGGGCGCCGGCCGGGGCCACCGGCCGGGGCAAGGGCGAGUCUCGCAUUCGGAGGCCGAUGAACGCCUUCAUGGUGUGGGCCAAGGACGAGCGCAAACGCCUCGCGCAGCAGAACCCGGACCUGCACAACGCCGAGUUGAGCAAGAUGCUGGGCAAGUCGUGGAAAGCGCUGACUCUGGCGGAGAAGCGGCCCUUCGUGGAGGAAGCCGAGCGGCUGCGCGUGCAGCACAUGCAGGACCACCCCAAUUACAAGUACCGGCCGCGGCGGCGAAAGCAGGUGAAGAGGCUGAAGCGGGUGGAGGGCGGCUUCCUGCACAGCCUCGCGGAGCCGCAGGCCGCGGCGCUGGGCCCCGAGGGCAGCCGCGUGGCCAUGGACGGCCUGGGCUUGCCUUUCCCCGACCAGGGCUUCCCGGCGGGCCCGCCGCUGCUGCCCCCGCACAUGGGUGGCCACUACCGCGACUGCCAGGGCCUGGGCGCGCCCCCACUCGACGGCUACCCGCUACCCACGCCCGACACGUCACCCCUGGACAGUGUGGAUCCGGAUCCGGCCUUCUUCGCCGCGCCGCUGCCCGGGGACUGUCAGGCUGCCGGGCCCUACAGCUACGCACAGGCCUCUGACUACCCUGGGCCCCCGGAGCCGCCCGUCGUCCCGGGGCACCCCAGGCUCGGUCCCCAGCCCGCAGGCCCCGCAAUGCCCGGCCUCCUGGCGCCCCCCAGCGCCCUGCACGUGUACUACGGCGCGAUGGGCUCGCCCGCGCCCAGUAGCGGGCGCGGCUUCCAGAUGCAGCCGCAGCAGCACCCGCCGGGUCCCGGGCAGCCGUCACCUCCUCCCGAGGCUUUGUCCUGCCGUGACGGCGCGGACGCCAGCCAGCCUGCUGAGCUCCUCGGGGAGGUGGACCGCACAGAAUUCGAACAGUAUCUGCACUAUGUGUGCAAGCCCGAGAUGAGCCUCCCUUACCAGGGACAUGACUCAAGUGUGAAUCUCCCUGACAGCCACGGGGCCAUUUCUUCCGUGGUGUCCGAUGCCAGCUCUGCGGUGUAUUACUGCAACUAUCCUGAUGUUUGACAGGUUCCCAGUUCAGCCCAGCCUGCAGGCCAGAAGCACAGUGUUACACACUUCCCGGAGAAGCUAAGGUUAUCCUUAGCUUCAUAUUGUUUUGUUUUGUUUUGAAGUUGUCUUGGCAUAUAAUUUAUGGUAAUUUAUUUUGUCUGCCACUUGAACAGUUGGGAGGAGAAAAAUGUGAGGUUUUGUUUUAAGAUUUCUUUAGAUAAUUGUUUCCCACAGUGUCAUUGUCAAAAGCCCGUUUCCAAGUUCCAAGUUUACCAGUUUUGAGUGUCCCAGAAAAACUUGCUCCAUUUUCUAAAAAUUUAUUGAUCAAAGAAAUUUUCUCUUCGGGUGUGAUUUUUCAAUCUUAAAAAAAUAAAAUCUGGAAUCCUA